CCAGCUGUUGACGAAACUGAAAUUUAACUCAAAUCAGUGCGCAAAAUUAGUUUUGCUACCUCGAAUCUAUUCUGCGCGCUGCGAAAUGAGUUUUGAUGGCAUAAAUAUUCCACAAAAGCUGGUGCCCGGCAACUAUUUGCAGCUUGGAUUGGCUGCGCAGCGCCAGACCCAACGCAAUUUCAAAGAAUUGCUUGAAAAGCGAAAAUUGCCGGAGAAUGGCUGGAAAGAGGAGGAGAUUGAAGCCCUGGUCCAUCAGUUGGCCGCACUGGACAGCAACAAUUUUGGGCAUAAUGUUGGUCUGGGGGAGAGGGAGGCUCGCAUAGCUUGCAAACUUGUUGCGCGGCGUCAUUACAACUUUGGACAUGGCAUCGGUCGGUCCGGAGACCUACUAGAAUCACAGCCCAAAGCCGCCGGUUCCACACUGAUGGCCAAUUUGACAAACGCCUUGCUUCUGGACCUAAUACAAACUAUAGGCAUGCGUACAUGUCGUGGGUGCUUUCUGGUGCCAAUGGCAACCGGUAUGACACUGACCUUGUGCCUGCUAGCACUGCACAAGCAGCGACCCAAGGCAAAAUAUGUGCUCUGGUCCCGUAUUGAUCAGAAAUCCUGCUUCAAGGCCAUUACUGCCGCCGGUCUGCAGCCAGUUAUCAUCAACAACUUGGUUCUGACAGAGGAGCAAUCAUUAGUCACGGAUAGCGACAGAUUUCUGCAGCAUAUCAAUAAACUGGGACCUGAUAACAUACUCUGCCUGUAUACUACCACAAGCUGCUUCGCCCCGCGCAAUAGCGACGACAUAGUUGAGAUAGCGAAGCUGGCCAAGCUCAUGGCAUUGCCGCAUCUAGUGAAUAAUGCCUAUGGACUACAGUGCAAUUCAAUUACAACUCAACUGGAUCGGGCACAGCGCGUUGGACGCAUUGAUUAUAUUGUGCAAAGCACAGACAAGAAUCUGCUAGUGCCUGUGGGUGGUGCUAUCGUGGCCAGCCGUGAUGAGGAAUCGCUAAAGCAUUUGGCAAGCAGCUAUGCGGGUCGUGCUAGCAGCUCCCAGACCCUAGAUGUAUUUAUGACGCUUCUCUCGCUGGGACACAAGGGAUACCUAAAUUUGCUUGAGGAGCGCCGCAACAAUUUUCAAUAUCUCAAGCUGCGACUUCAACAGUUUGCAGCAAUGCACCGCGAAGUGGUUCCUCAGUGCCAAAAUAAUAGCAUAUCUCUCGCUCUGACACUGAGUUCACUAAGCGUCACGCCUGGAAGUCGCAGUGUUACUGAACUGGGCGCAAUGCUGCACACACGCGGUAUCUCCGGCGUGCGAGUGGUGCCCGUGGGUCAGACAAAGUCCAUCGAUGGUUAUGAAUUCAAAAAUUUUGGUUCGCAUCGCGAUCAGCUAAAUGUGCCUUAUUUAACCGUUGCAGCAUCGCUGGGAGUCACUGGAUCGGAGAUCGACAAGUUCUUUGAAGUCCUGGACAAAUGCUGGACACAGUUCACUAAACUUAGCUAGUGCAUUCCCCAAAAAAUCCCUACAAAACACAAAAAUUCAAUUUAAUUUAGAAUUAUCUUGGCAUAAAGUAAGACCCGAAAGUAAACACGAAAACAACUUUAACUCAUUUUAAUGUAUAAAAUAAUUAACUUUAUAAAAUUUGUUGUUUAAUUUUGUUAACCGCAUUUAGUCGAAAGCUAAGAUAAAUACUUAAAUAUAUAUUUAGUUCCUGCUUGCAAGGAUUCCACUACAAUGUGCGAGCGAGAGCCUUAACCCUUUGUCCAGAAGACAAUAUCAAUAUGAAAGUUAACAGAAUCAUCAUGAUUUAAUAAUUUGGAAACCAAUCAUCCCAUUAUUUUAAUCAGUACAAUUUUGAGUAGAAAAAGAUGUACUGACAACACUAGUUGGAAUACAUCGAUAUGGAAUAAAUCUAUUCAUGUGCAUAUAAAACAAUUGUAUAAGUAGUUAUGAAUUAUGUAUAAACAAUUGACUAAACAUAGAUUAUAAUUAAC